ACAGGACUGAAGUGACUUAGCACGCACACUAGUGUAGUAUAUAUGCGUGUAUGUGCAUUAUAUAAGAUACUUGAUUAUAUUUACAUGGACUGAGCGACUAACACUUUCAUGUUCAACAUAAAAAAUAAUCCUGAAAAAUCUGCCCUUGCCUGUUUCAUGUCCUAUUAAUGUCCAGUCAAAACAGAUCACAACAGACUAGUACAGUCACUUCAACUGCUAGAACCCAAAGUAGGAAUUGACCACCUGUGCUUUUGCACAAACUUUGGAAAUAAUUUUUAAAGUUUAUAAUUUAAACUUUAGUCCAUUAAUAUGUUGUAUGAAAUCUUGACCCUGCUUGGGAAUUUGCAUUCAUAAAUCAGGACAUUAAUUGUACUUAAACAAAUGGUUUUUAAAUGAAUUUCCCUUAGUGUAACUUAUAUAGAGCUUCCCUGGUGGCUCAGUGGUAAAGAACUUGUCUGCCAAGCAGCAGACGCUGGUUCGAUCCCUGGGUUGGGAAGAUCCCCUCGAGAAGGAAAUGGCAACCCACUCCAGUAUUCUUGCCUGAAAAUCCCACGGACAGAGGAGUCUGACAGACUACAGUCCUUGGGAUCACAAAGAGUCAGACACAGCUGAGCACGAACACACACAUUUGUAGCUCAGAUAAUUCUUCAUUUCUUAAAUAAUGCAGAUGAUUUCAUGUAAAUUUUAAACUAAAGUAUGCGUGUGCUAAGUUGCUUUAGUUGUGUCUAUUGCCUAUAUAUUUAACCCACUUUUUAAUUAAAAUAUGUCUUCAGUCCACAUGGACUUUUUUUUUUUCACACGGACUUUUUAAACUUAAUCUCUUCUGUGAAGCCUUUUACCGUACACUCCCCAUCAGGCAUGGUUGAUCAUUUACAUCUCUGCUUAUCCAAACAGAUGCUACAUACACCUCAAAGUAUUGCAUUUACCACACUGUCCUGUAAUUUAAGUGUCUGUCUCCAUGAGGAGACGGUGAGCAACUUGAGGACAGGGAACAUAUCUUCCCAGUUUUGCAUCUGUAGUGUCACCUAUGAUGCCUGCACAUGUGGAAGACACUCUACAAACCUUUCUUGCCUAAGUGUAACCGAUGGAUCAGUGACCACUUUAUUGUACAACUGGAACUUUUAACUUUCCCUAAAACCAAAUUUAUACAAUUUUCUUCACAGAUAAUUUGUUAAGAAUGACAUUCUUUCUUUUGGUUAUUCUCAAAUAAAAGUGAUGUUUGUUAAACGUAGAAACAAUUGAAUGGUACAUAUUUUUAUCACCUAUACAAUUUUUCAUAUACAAUUAUAUUUUAAAUUUAUUUUAUGAUCAUAUGAAACAUACUUUUUAAACAUAAGACAUAUAAUUUGACAAAUAUAUUCUCAAACUUACUAUAAAUGUUUAACAUGGUAAUGAGCCAACUUUGAGAAGAAAGUUGCUACAAAGCUAAGGCAUGUGAUUGCUUUUGAAUGAUUUUUUGCAAAAUUUUGAUUAUUAUUGCAUACAAAGGAAUGCAAGUGAAACACAGGUUUGAUAUUUUUCUUUUGUUUCUUUUUUUCUCUUUGAAACAAUGAUAAGAUUCCUUCUCAUACUUAAUCUAAAGAUGAAAGAUUUUCAAGAAUUCAGAAGGAAUGACAUUUAUUUUAAAGGAAGAAUAUCCUUUAGUUCUGCAACCUUGAGGACUGUAAGCUCCACACUACAAGGUGAAAGCGAAAGUCGCUCAGUCGUGUACGACUCUUAGUGUCCUACUCUUUGCGACCCCAUGCACGGUAGUCGGCCAGGCUCCUCUGUCCAUGGAAUUCUCCAGGCCAGAAUACUGGGCUGGGUAGCCGCUCCCUUCUCCAGGAGAUCUUCCCAACUCAGGGACUGAACCCAGGUCUCCCGCAUUGCAGGCGGAUUCUUUACCGUGUGAGCCACCAAGAGUACCUCUGGAAAAGGUAAUGAUAACAAACCACAGAGACGCAAGUCAUUCCUCCGAGGAGCCUAGAGAGGCCCAGAAAUGCCCCGAGGGGAGGGCACCGCAGGGAGCCGGUGACGCACUUCCGACUCGGGCAGUUAGUAGUUUUUUGUCGCGGGAUUUGACAGCUUCUAGGCAGUUCCGUUAUCGGGAGGUGGCCGGACCGGAAGAGGCGCUGAGCCGGCUCAGGGAACUUUGUUGUCGAUGGCUGAGGCCCGAGGUGCACUCAAAAGAGCAGAUCCUGGAGCUGCUGGUGCUGGAGCAGUUCCUGACUAUCCUGCCCCAGAAGCUCCAGGCCUGGGUGCGGAAGCACUGCCCGCAGAGCGGGGACGAGGCGGCCGCCUUGGUGCGGUCUCUUCAGAGAGAGCCUGCUGGGACCUCACGCCAGGGCUUGGUGCCAGCCCAGGAUGUGGCCGUGCCUCUAACCUGGGAGGAGUGGGAGCGUCUGGGGCCAGCACAGAAGCCCUUCUUCAGGGAGAGUGCACCGGAGGGUCAUGAGAACGCAGUGUCACCAAGUUCGGAAACCAGAAUUGAGAACAAAGAGUUGAUUCCAAAGCAAGAAAUUCUAGAAGUGGAGCCUCCAGGGCAGCUACAAGGAUUUCAGGAGAGGGCUCCCCUAUCUUCUGAGUGUGGUGACACCCAGCAGGACAGGAGAGAGAAGCCCUUGGGAGACCCCUCAUCGCCGAAACGUGAAGAUUCUCCUGCAGAUCAGGGAGUCACCCACACCUCAGAUCUCAGGAACGGUCCCAGCGAAGAAGAUGUCAAAAACAAUGAAUUCAGGACCAGUGCCGAGAGUUCAGACUUUGUUCCUGGUCAGUACAUCCCAACAGCAGGGAGACCCGUCACUGUAGAUGAAUAUGGGAACUGCCAGCACAGGUUAGAUAUGGUGAAACCUCACGAAUCUCUCGACAGUGAGGAAAAUCGCCAUCAUUCGGGCCUAUUUGAGACUCAGGGGUGGUUCCAUGAAGAAAGGCCUUACACAUGUGACACCUGUGAAAAGAGCUUCAAACAGCGUUCCGACCUCCUUAAACACCAUCGCAUCCACACCGGGGAGAGGCCCUACGGGUGUCCUGUGUGUGGGAGGCGCUUCAGUCAGAGCGCGACCCUUGUUAAACACCAGCGGACACACACUGGAGAGAAGCCCUACACCUGUCCCAAGUGUGGGGACAGCUUCCGACAGAGCUCACACCUCAGCCGGCAUCAGAGAACCCACCUGAGGGAGAGGCGCUGCACGUGUAAGGAGUGCGGGGAGACCUGCCGCACCGCCGGGCGUUUCAGACACCAGAGGGGACACGAGGGGGAGCGACCCUACACGUGUGAGGAGUGCAACAAGAGCUUCAAACGCUGCUCCGACCUCUCCAAACACCAGAAGAUCCACACCGGGGAGAGGCCCUACGGGUGUUCCGUGUGCGGGAGGCGCUUCAGUCAGAGCGCGACCCUCGUUAAACACCAGAGGACUCACACCGGAGAGAAACCUUACAGAUGUCUCGACUGUGGGGACAGCUUCAGACAGAGCUCACACCUCGUCCGACACCAAAGAAUCCACAGAAAUAAAGUCCCAUCAUUUUGACCUGCU